UGUCCCUGCCGCCCAGCCACCCAUGUGUGCGUGUCUGCCCGCCGCCGCCGCCGCCGCCCAGUUCCUGUUCCGCGGAGGGGAUGGCAUGGCGCCGGAGAUUCUAUAAUCCCUAACGCGAUUCCGGAUUCCCAUCAUGCUCGCGGUUUGUUUAUCGAUCUUCUCCGCCAGGCCAUCAUCGAGUGCUCCAGUGCUCCUCGGACGUUGUUGCUGCGACCGACUGCGAUUGCGAUGCGAUUGCUUUUCGAUCCGAUCGAGUUUUCUUAUGCGCCAUUGCUGACUCAUUGGUGGCUUUUUGUGGCGAGGUCUGAGGUUGAAGUGGGGCGGCUUUUCGCGGUGAUUGCGUUCGCAACCGUCACGAAAUGGGGGAUGUGGGAGUAUGAUUGAGAGGCCGAGGGGCGCUGGUUGCUUAGCCGCGUUGCGUUGCGUUGCAUGCGAUCGGCUCCUAGAUAUCUUGUCCAAUUCUUGUGUGGUGCGAAUUGCAUUGGGGAAUGGCUUUGUGUGGGUAGAUGGAGUGGGGAGGGCACUUGCAUGGCCUUCUUUUACAAUUGCCAUUGCUGGUAGCUGCAUUUGACGUGUGUCCGAGCUUGAUGGAGGCGAGGGGCCAACCGGGCGAGGACAGGCCGGCGGCGCAGCUUGAGCCGGCGACGAUGGACUCGCCGAGGGCGGCGCAGGCGGCGACGCGCCGCAAGAAGAUGACGAAGCAGCUGACGGGGAAGCGGGACGACACGGCGAUGCACGCGGCGGCGCGCGCCGGGCAGCUCGCCUCCAUGCGGGAGAUGCUGUCCGGAAAGGACACCGAGGAGGUGGCGGCGCUGCUGUCGAGGCAGAACCAGGCUGGGGAGACGCCGCUGUUCGUGGCCGCCGAGUACGGGUACGUGGCCCUGGUGGCGGAGCUGAUCAAGUACCACGACGUCGCCACCGCCAGCAUCAAGGCCCGCAGCGGCUACGACGCCCUCCACAUCGCCGCCAAGCAAGGGGAUGUAGAUGUUGUGAGGGAGCUGCUUCUGGCGCUGCCGCAGCUGGCGAUGACGGUGGACGCGUCGAACACGACGGCGCUGAACACGGCGGCGACGCAGGGGCACAUGGACGUGGUGCAGCUGCUGCUGCAGGUGGACGGGAGCCUGGCCCUGAUCGCGCGGAGCAACGGCAAGACGGCGCUGCACUCGGCGGCGCGGAACGGGCACGUGGAGGUGGUCCGCGCGCUGCUGGAGGCGGAGCCCAGCAUCGCGCUGCGCACGGACAAGAAGGGGCAGACCGCGCUGCACAUGGCCGCCAAGGGCACCAGGCUGGACCUCGUCGACGCGCUCCUGGCCGCCGAGCCGGCGCUGCUCAACCAGCCGGACAACAAGGACAACACCGCGCUGCACAUCGCCGCUCGCAAGGCGCGCCACGAGAUCAUCAGGCGGCUGGUCGCGGCGCCCGACGCGAACCUGAAUGCGAUCAACCGGUCCCGCGAGACCCCGCUGGACACGGCGGAGAAGAUGGGCAACGCCGAGGUGGCGGAGCUCCUGGCGGAGCACGGCGUGGUGACGGCGCGCGCCCUCAGCCCCGGCGGCGGCGGCGGCGGCGGCGGCGGCGGCAAGCAGGCGCGGGAGCUGAAGCAGCAAGUGAGCGACAUCAAGCACGAGGUGCACUCGCAGCUGGAGCAGACGCGGCAGACGCGGGUGCGCAUGCAGGGCAUCGCCAAGCGCAUCAACAAGCUCCACGAGGAGGGUCUGAACAACGCCAUCAACUCCACGACGGUGGUGGCCGUGCUGAUCGCGACGGUGGCGUUCGCGGCCAUCUUCACGGUGCCCGGGGAGUACGUGCAGGACCCGGGGAGCCUGGCGCCCGGGCAGCAGCUGGGAGAGGCCAACAUCUCCCACGAGACGGCCUUCAUCAUCUUCUUCGUCUUCGACUCGGUGUCGCUUUUCAUCUCGCUGGCCGUCGUGGUGGUGCAGACGUCGGUGGUGGUGAUCGAGCGAAAGGCCAAGAAGCAGAUGAUGGCGGUGAUCAACAAGCUCAUGUGGGUGGCGUGCGUGCUCAUCAGCGUCUCCUUCCUGGCGCUCUCGUUCGUGGUGGUGGGACGCGCCGAGCGGUGGCUGGCCGUGUGCGUCACCAUCAUGGGCGGAACCAUCCUGGUCACCACCAUCGGCACCAUGCUCUACUGGGUCAUCGCGCACCGGGUCGAGGCCAAGCGGAUGCGCAGCAUCAAGCGCGCAUCGCUCAGCCGAUCCCGAUCCUUCUCCUGCUCCGGCAUGUCGGAGGCCGAGUGGAUCGACGAGGAGUACAAGAGGAUGUACGCAAUCUGACUGACCACCCAUGCUGGCAGGCUUCCUCAGCCGUGCAUGACCGACCAUGGCGAAAAGUUACCGUGCCGCGGGCCGGGCUAACAUUUUUUUUGCAGUAGCUCGAUCUGAAUUAUUUACUCUCUGCUGAACUUGUUUCAUAAUAAGGAGGACUGAAGUAGCGAAUAAACCAGCGAUUUAGAACUCUGCACAGCUUC